AAAAAGAAACGAACGAGAAAUCGAAAAACAAAAAGAGGCCGAAGAUUUGCAGCGGGAGCGAGCAAACAGCUGAUCUUCUUGUUCCUCUUGGCGCCGGAAAACUCUGCUUCACAGAGUGAUCUUCAGAUAACACAGAGACGACGGAUUCGAAUGGGAAACCAGAAGCAGAAGUGGACGUCGGAGGAGGAAGAAGCACUCUUGGCCGGUGUAGCGAAGCACGGCCCCGGCAAGUGGAAAAAUAUUCUCAAAGAUCCUGAAUUCGCUCCCUUCCUUACUCACCGCUCCAACAUUGACCUAAAGGACAAAUGGCGUAAUUUGAGUGUCAGCACUGCUUCACAAGGCUCGAAAGAGAAGUCUAGGGCUCCUAAAGCAAAAGCUAUCGUCGCCGCUUCACUUUCUAACAACCAAAACUCUGUUCCUGCUAGGUUGAAUGCAUCUGCUGAUACUGCAGGGGAAGAACCACCAAACACGAAUGCACAGGAUGGAAAAAAUGCCCCAAGGUACAAUGCAAUGAUUUUUGAAGCCCUUUCAACCAUAAAAGAUUCAAAUGGAUGUGACAUAGGUACAAUAGUUAACUUUAUCGAGCAAAGGCAUGAGGUGCCACAAAACUUUAGAAGGCUAUUGAGCUCAAGGUUGAGGAGACUUGUUUCACAAGGAAAGCUCGAAAAGGUUCAAAAUUGCUAUAAGGUAAGAAAAGACAACUCAUUGGCAGUCAAAACUCCUACACCCAAACAAAAAGAUGUCAGGCCACGGAUACCGCAAUAUAUGGGAGGUUUGAUGCCAUCAGGAGAGACAGUGGAAGAUGCGGCGAGAGCUGCUGCCUACAAAGUUGCGGAUGCAGAGAACAAAUCUUUCUUAGCAGCUGAAGCUGUCAAGGAGGCAGAGAGAGUCGCGAAGAUGGCUGAAGAUACGGAUUCAAUGCUACAGAUGAUAARGGAUGUGUACGAACAAUGUUCUCGUGGGGAGAUUAUUCUCUUGGCUUAGAUCGCUUGUAAGUUUAAUGGCCAAUCCUUUGUUUUCUUGGAACCCGAAUGUAAAUUCUUCAAUCCAAUGGAAUUUUCCGCUUUCUUAACGCA